AGCCGGCGAAGGUGCCCGGCGGGGUACACAGGCGGGCUUUAUCAAGAAGGGUCUGGGCGGCCUUGAUUCACUCAGAGACAGUAAGGUCUAUUUUUCCCACACGGCGUGUCAAUACUGGCCAGAGCUACUAUACAUCAUUUUAUAUUCAAUCGUCGUUUUCUGUUGAUUCUCCUGUGUACCUCAAGUAGGGGCCUAUGAUAACCUUCUCUAAGCUUUCCAAGUUGUAGCAGCAACUUCCGCCCUAGCUGGCCCCGUGACUACAACUAAUGCAUAGAUACUAUAUGACCCCUCCUGGUCACAUCCAAGCUUCCCUCUGUGGUUGAUUUAUCUUUUGUCACUACCAACCCUAUGAUCUGUCGCGCUGAUAACUGUCAUUAUCUCAUUCUUGGAAAGUGCGUUGCACUUUUGAUGUCUCUCCCUCAAAGUCCCGCCAUCUAGGUUGCCCGUCUCCAACGGGCCGAGGAUAAUAUAUAGUGCAAUCUUAUCGAGUGACGUACUACAACACCACACCCUACCAUCUUCAUCCGUGCGACCAGGGAAGUGCAACUUAGAGUAUCGCAACGAUAGCAGACAUGAACACAGUUGACAUAGGACGAUGCAGCAAACGCAUCGUACAGUAUCUCUGGGAUCCAGAACCCAGGAAUGAUGAAGAUCCUAAUUCUUCAAUAUGGUGCCUAGGGAUAGAGUAUCAUCCCGACAAGGAUGCCAACCCAAGAGAGACACCCGACAAGAACAACACCCGAGAGAACGCGAUGGGAACGACCAACUAUCGGAAACCAUCAGAACAUGCGUGGCCUGAGUCGUUCCUGUUGGAUUUCGAAUCAAGAAUCUGGAUGACCUAUCGGUCCAAUUUCCCCCCUAUACCUAGAGUCGAGGGAGACGACAAAAGUGCAUCAAUGACACUGGGGGUACGCCUAAGAAGCCAAUUAGUAGAUACGCAAGGAUUCACAUCCGAUACUGGCUGGGGCUGUAUGAUACGAUCCGGUCAGAGCCUGCUGGCAAAUGCACUAUCUAUGUUGGUCCUAGGACGUGACUGGCGCCGUGGAGCAAGGUUUGAGGAAGAAUCACAGCUACUAUCUCUUUUUGCCGACACGCCAACUGCCCCCUUCUCCGUACAUCGGUUCGUAAAACAUGGUGCCGAAUCGUGCGGGAAGUACCCUGGGGAAUGGUUUGGGCCCUCCGCAACCGCCAAGUGCAUAGAAGCACUUUCGUCCCAGUGUGGAAAUCCCACACUGAAAGUAUAUGUCUCGAAUGAUACAUCGGAAGUUUACCAGGACAAAUUCAUGGAUAUCGCCCGAAACACAUCCGGUGCUUUUCAGCCUACCCUGAUACUUCUAGGGACAAGGCUCGGCAUUGACAACAUCACCCCAGUCUAUGGGGAUGGUCUAAAAGCAGCGUUGCAGUUCCCUCAAUCAGUCGGAAUUGCAGGGGGACGCCCGUCGGCGUCACACUACUUUGUCGGAGCCCAGGGGUCGCAUCUGUUCUAUCUAGAUCCACAUUAUACCCGCCCUGCGCUUCCAGAUCGUCAAGAAGGCGAACUAUACUCAAAGGAGGAGGUUGAUACUUAUCAUACACGGCGCUUGAGGAGGAUUCACGUGCGGGACAUGGAUCCGAGCAUGCUUAUAGGCUUCCUCAUUCGAAACCAGGAAGAUUGGGCCGACUGGUUAAACCGCAUAGAAGCCGUCAAGGGACGGCCGAUUAUCCAUGUACUCAAGCAAAUGAAUCCUGACCACGACCAGGAAGCGGGAGCACUUGACCAGGUUGAAGCACUGGAUGAUAUCGAAUAGCACUUGCUGUCAAUACAUUUACUUUAACUUCAGUACCCAGCUUUGAUCCGAUAUACCACUGCGUUUUGAUCUUAUAGACAUGCAACUAGGCAAUUUGAUAUUCGAAUUCUGCUGGGGAAGGUAAACCCGCGCAACCAACCCCACAUCCGAGUUAUGUUACACCGCAUUCACGUCACAAAAAAAAAACAACCAUAAAACAUUUGGCCCAAGGGGAAAAAAGAAAUAAAGCCAUCCCAUGACACAUUAGAAUCCCGCGAACACCCUGUAACCCACCACCUCAAAACCGUAACAGAUGACGAGGUAGCAAAAGAACAAUCCUGCAGAAAGAAAAAAAGGGAAGAAAAUGCUUAUUUGGCAGACGAGUACUUCGUGA